AUCAAGCUUGAACGAAGAUAUGGAUCACAGGGAGAUGUGAGCGGAGUAUAGUACACCUGCCCGUGAGUUACAGCUAGGAGAGAGAAUCUGAAUCAGUAUACAGCUACCUUGCCGACCACAGGCGGAAGGGUUCCUUUAACAGGCGGAGCAGAAUGACAUGUGGAAGAAGGUCACACCAAUCUACACUCCUUCCAGCCAGCCCUAGUCUUACUCCUGGUAGAUAAUGCCUUAACUACAUGCUCGCAGAGAAUUUGAACAAACACGAAUAAACUUGAACAACCUGAAUAAACUCUUCGCGAGAAAGACGUCUUCAAACGCCUGAAGUCAGAACGGCACAUGUCAUGAAUCACUGAACUAGUCAGUCUUGAAAUUCAGUCUUCUCAUCUCCCAGGUCCAGACCCCCCUGCCAAUGUAUGUUGGGUUUUCUUAAGACCCCAUCGUCUUUGUCUCCCCAGGAUCAGAGUGGCUUGGAAGUGAGGAAUUCGUAUUGUCCCGGUUAGUUCCCCAGCAUCAAUGGUCCUGUAAGUCAAUCUGGAAAGGAAGGUUGUUGAUAGCUGGCUGUCACAGAUUUGAACAUGGCGUUUGCAUCAACGUUGUCUUUGUGCGUAUUCUACUGCUCGAUAUUUGCCACAUCAACGUCAAGCGUGGACUCAUCGGAGUUGAACGUCACACAUGGGCACCGCAACAUCACCGACGGCCAUCAUGACAAGGCCGGACACCGUGGACACCACGGCAUUGAAAUCGCCGGUGUCCUGUUUGAUAAUGUGAGAGAACCCCUGAUAUAUACCAUCGUGGUCAUAUUGGCAGCCAUUAGUAAAGUUGCUUUUCACCACGCUCAUUUUCUCUCAUCGAAGAUUCCAGAGUCAUGCCUGCUGAUCAUCCUGGGUCUGAUCUUCGGGGCCAUUAUUGAAUAUUCCGGAGCUGCUGCCUACAUGCCAGAGUUCUUCUCCCCCCAUGAUUUUUUUCAGUAUCUUCUUCCUCCGAUCAUCCUAGAAUCAUCCUUCAGCCUCCACGACAGGACGUUUGCUGACAACAUCGGAUCUGUCCUCCUGUUUGCCGUCAUUGGAACCAUAUGCGCCUUCUUUACGCUUGGUCUCACUCUGUACGGCCUAGCGAUCAGCGGGGCAAUGGGGGUUUUCCCCUUCGAGUUCACACUCAUCCAGAUCCUCAUCUUUGCCGCACUCAUCGUAGCUGUCGACCCUGUGGCGGUUCUAGCUGUGUUCCAGGAAAUAGGCGUCAACAAUGUUUUGUACUUCAUGGUUUUCGGAGAAUCUCUGCUCAACGAUGGCGUGACUGUGGUCCUGUAUCAGGUCAUGCAGACAUACAACGAACUAGCUUUAUCAGGUCAAGGUGUGGACGGUGAACAGAUUGGACUCGGUAUCCUGAAGUUCUUUGUGGUGUGUUUCGGUGGACUAGCGCUUGGUGUUCUCGCAGGGAUCGUGACUGCACUCUUGACGAAAUACACCAGACACGUUAAAAUCGCCCAGCCUCUUAUCGUGUACACAAUGGCGUACCUCGGCUUCCUCCUGGCGGAGCUGUUUGAGUUCUCCGGCAUCAUUAGCAUCAUCGGCUGCGGCCUCGUCCAGGUCCAGUACUCCUUCCACAACAUCAGCGACAAGUCCAGGACCACCGUCAAAUACUUCACCAAGGUCAUCAGCACCACCAAUGAAAUCAUCAUCUUCCUCUUCCUCGGCUUGGCGAUGAUCCGGAAGAAGAAUCACAUGUGGCACACUGGCUUCGUGCUGUGGACCGUCUUCUUCUGCCUUCUGUAUAGGUUCUUCAUCACCUUCGUCUUGUCCUUCCUGAUCAACAAGCUGGACAACGACAGAACGAGGCGGAUCUCUUAUGAUGAACAGUUCAUGAUUGCGUAUGGGGGUCUGCGGGGAGCCGUGUGCUUCUCCCUCGUCGCCCUGCUGGAUGAGAAAGCCCUACCCCCGGGGAUGAAGGACAUGUUUGAAACUGCCACCCUCGUCGUGAUCUUCUUCACAGUGUUCGUGCAGGGUAUCUCCAUCAAGCCGCUGGUCAAGCUACUCCGUGUCCAGUUGGCUCAAAAGAAGCAGCUCAGCAUGUACCAGGACCUCAAUGAACACGUGACAGAUCAUUUGAUGGCCGGUGUGGAGGAAAUUGUCGGUUUCCGGGGGAGAUACACUAUAAAGGAGGAACUGGAACGUUUUGAGGACCGCUACAUCCGGAAGUGGCUACAACUGGAACCGGAACUCAGCCAGACCCAGCUCCAGGAGUUCUACCACAAGAUCCUGCUCAAAGAGCACUACAAGCAUCUUCAACUAGGGGGAGUCUCUGCUAGGCCUGCUCAUGGCCAUAUUCCCCGGAUUGAGACCAGUUUAUACCUUGCUGAAGAAGACCAUGACAACCACGUAGCUCCUGGUGCUGUGGCAGUGCCCGAGAAAAAGAAGAAAGAGAAGCACAAGGCUAAACACAUUGAUGCCUAUGGCCUGAGUGGUCUACUGAAGAUGCACCAUGGAGCUUCUGCACUGCAUCGCAAGUGGGACAAGAACCUGACUGAGGAACACCAUGGUAACCUUGCCAACCACAUCCAGAUGAAGACAGCCAAGAACAGACGCAUUCAGUCUCACAAGAAGUCCUCAUCACGAAACCAGAACGCGACGCCAGAAAAAGUUGCCCAAAACGGAACCGGAAGUGACGUUCAGUGUCACGAAACCCCGUGUUUGAAAGCGAUCAAACAGUAGUUCGGUUCAGUACUUAAGAAAACAAUCUUAAGACUCAAAAGACGUUUUGAGACAGGUUAUUUUGUUCACAGCCUGAAAUGUGACAUAUAGAAAUAUGAUGAAUAUGCCGUUAUGCAUGUUCUAUGUUAAAUACAUUGGAAUAUCAUAUUCAACCAGAUUUAUCUUAAAAGACGUUCAAGUUGAUGCGAUACCAUGACCCAGAGGAAUCCUGAAUCCUAUUGUGUAAUACUGUUACAAGACGGACUUAGAUAAUACUCUACAUGUCGUUCAAGACGAUGCGAUAUUAUGUCCAAGUACAACCUUCUGGACGGACAUUAUCUUAUAAUAGUGUAAUAUCUCAGAUAAUAUCUAUAUUUUCAACUUAGCCUAUCCAUGUCGAUGGUUUUGUUUUGUCCACAUUUCCACAACAGUUUUCAGAAAGUUCUUAUUUUACACUUAAAACAGAUUUCAUAUUAACCCAUUUUAAAAUCUCACAAUUCGUUCAGUUGAAUUACAUAUUUUCUCAAAAAACUAACAUGUUCAAAUGAUUUUAUUUCGA